GACUCAAAAAAAAAAUAGGUUGCGAGCCGCGUUGGCGCUUCCUCAGUGACAGAGCUGUGGAUUCGGGCGGUGUGUUGAGAGUGUAUCUUCGAGGGCUGGGCAUGUUGAGGUAGAUUAUCAGGCUUCUACCAUGGACACAGAAAUGAUGCCAAAAUUCACCUCAAAAGAUGAGGAAAUUGAAUACUGGAAAAAAUUGUCUUUUAAAUACCAGAAAAGUUACAAUGAUGCCCAAGAGGAGUUGCAAGAGUUCCAGGAGGGCAGCCGUGAGUUGGAGGCAGAGCUAGAGGCUCAGCUCGGUCAGGCAGAACACCGUAUCCGUGACCUGCAGGCCGAAAAUCAACGGCUGAAAAGUGAGGUGGAUAACCUGAAGGAGAAACUGGAGCAGCAGUACGCACAGAGCUAUAAGCAGAUAUCCAUGCUGGAGGAUGACCUAGGCCAGACACGCUGCAUCAAGGAGCAGCUGCACAAAUAUGUCAGGGAACUUGAGCAGGCUAAUGAUGACCUAGAGCGAGCUAAAAGAGCAACAAUUACUUCUCUGGAGGACUUUGAGCAGCGGUUGAACCAGGCCAUAGAGAGAAACGCCUUCCUUGAGAGUGAGCUGGAUGAAAAGGAAUCUUUGUUGGUGUCUGUGCAAAGGCUAAAAGAUGAGGCCAGAGACCUAAGGCAGGAGCUGGCUGUGCGGGAAAGAGCCUCAGAUUCCACCAGAAUGUCAGCACCCAGCUCUCCGACACUGGACACUGACAAAAUGGACACAGCUGUUCAAGCCUCCCUUUCUCUUCCAGCUACACCAGUGGGAAAAACAAUAGACCAUCCUUUCAUUAAUCAGAAAGUGUUGACCACUGGUUGUGGAAACUCCCCACUCACCCCAUCUGCAAGGAUAUCUGCUCUCAACAUUGUUGGUGAUCUUCUGCGGAAAGUUGGGGCUCUGGAGUCCAAGCUGGCUGCCUGUAGGAAUUUUGCCAAAGAUCAGGCAGCAAGGAAAAACUACACAGAAAAUGGGAACCUGAUAAAUAGCAAUGCCACCAAGUUUUCUCAUUCUCUUCACACAACAUACUUUGAUAAGACGACUAUGAAUGGCCUGGAUCCUGGCACUCUGAGUGCAAUGACGUCACAGCGAAACGUGUCCCCUCCCGGCAUGCUACCACUCAGCGUGUGAAACAACCACAGCUGCCUCCAAAAAAAAACAAUGGACAGCAUGGAAACAGAAAGGAAAGGACAUUGGGAAACCCUGCCAUUUUGUGUGUUUGUGAGUCUUGUGUGCGUGUCUGGCAGAUGCAUGUCGGACACUGGGGCACGUGACUCUUUCGGCUGAGCCCUUUCUUCAGAGCUCUCAUAUUUCACUUUGCCAUUUUUGUUUUUACUUGAAGCCAUCAAACGACAAAGGGGCCCAAACAGGCCCCUGCAUCUUUUUGGCUUGUUUGAAGUUGUUGCACAAUUUUUUGGUUUGUUUAUUUGUUUAAAAAAAUGGUUAAAUAAGAUUUUGUUUUAAGUCAGAAUUAUAUUUACAGAUGGGUGGCUGUCUAUGUCCAAGAAGCAGCCACUUAAAAAGUCAGCGAUGCAAACAGCAUAUACCUCUUUAACUGGAUUCCAUGUUGUUUGCAUCCAGAGUCUAAUAAAAUUAUAAUUAGAUUAUUGUCUACACAGAGCGGUGGGGGUUUGACCUGGAAUAUAUUGUUUCGGCCUUUCAAAACAGCAUGGAAUGAUCCCCUACUCUGUUAGUGGCCCUUUGAAUUAUUCACGUGUGUCUCUGCUCUAUAUGCUGCUUCAGCAGGCUGGUUGAAUAGCUACUGACAUAGAAAACCUCACUGUCACUAUAUUAGCUGUAGACAGUUUGUGCAACAAUGAUGUUCUGAAAUUUGCUAUUAAUUCCAACCACAGCACAUAAAAAAACCACACAAUUGUCAGUGGUAUAUGUUCAAUAUUACCCCAGCCAGCAUCCUAGCUUAGAAUGGUUAUAAUGAAGAUGAUACUGUUUUAUCUCUAGAACAUUAUAUGGUUAUAUUAACUGGUUAUAAUGCGGUGUUGUAAGGUGAAGUAUAUUGGUUGAGGAAUUGUUAGUGGCUGUGUAAACCUCAUCUGUCUCAUGCUUCUUGACGUUGCUGGUUGGUUUGACAGUCACUGUUAGUUUUUCAUUCACAUGUCUGUAUUUUUGACGGUUGUUUCCGUUUUGGUUUUUUUUUUGUUUUUUUUUGUUCAGCGUGCCGGUACCCGCACUUUGUAAAACCACACAAUGUUGGAGCACUUUUUUUUUUGCCCCUUAGUAUUUAAUUUCACACAGUAUAUUAAGUUAUUGAGCACUCUGUUGACUCUGCAUUGUCACAUGUAUAUAAGAUUGUAAGCAUUAAAAGUUUGCCUAGGAAAUUUGUACAUAUCGAGACUGGGUCUUACAGCUCACUAAUUUAUUUCAAAUUCCUUAUGGCAUGUGUUGGAGAGGAAGAGUAAAUUUUACAUAUUGUAUAUUGUUUCAAAAUAUAAUGAUAAAACAGUUGUCCAAUAAAGUUUAAAAUGUCACUAUAAAA